AUGGACGAAGAUAGAUUCCGGCGCUGCAGCACCAAGACGGCGAGGCGUCGUCUGCGCAGCCUCCUCGUCCUCGCCGCAGACUACCUCAAGUACCUCUUCAUGAACCGGCGCCGACUCCUCCGCAGGGUGGCGAGGCGUACCCACGCCGUCCUCUCCUCCUACCACGGCAAAAGCAACAAGCGUCUGCCGCCAUACUACCCUCCUCGCGCGUUAAUGGAGCACGAGUUCUCGUGUAGCAACAGCCCUAGCCCCGUGUUCCUCGCGGCCAAGAGGCUCCACUCACGGCUGAAGCGGGGUGCCGCCGCCGGCGCUGCCGUCUCUUCCUGCUUUGGCGCCACCGUUGGGGCCUCGUACGGGUCGCCGCCGGCGACAGAGGAGGACGAUGUGGUUGAGGAGGAAGAUGAGGCUGAUGGGUUGGCCUGCUACGAACUUGAGCCUGACGUGGACUACAGGGCGGAGGAGUUCAUCAGUAUGUUCUAUGAGCAGCUCAGGGCGCAGAACUUUCCUCCGGUUUUGCAACGCUCGCCAUGACGCGCGACGCUGAGACAUGAGAGCUGAGAGAUCGAGGGCGCGCGUACGUCAGGUACGUGUCAAGAGGAGAGGAGUACGUUCUUACUUUCGAUGAGGAAGGACAGGCCAGCUUGUAUCACUUUAUUUUGAUUUCUACAUGAGUGUUUGUGACUUGUAACUAAGUGUACUACGUACACAUCUGGGCUACGGAUAUACCUAUUGAGUACAAAUAA